UUGACGACGGUUUCUUCAAAAUUUGGUCGAAAGACAACUGGGACAUUUGAAGUCGUGAAAUGCAAUGAGAUGGUUGUCUACUCGUUUCUUGAUUACAUCUUCAACGGUUCGUUGCUGCACGUGGCGAUUGCGAUCGAUUUUUCGACCGGUGAGCAACUAUCACCAUGUCAACAGCAGAGUAGCGCGAGCACAAGUCACAGUUUUGUCGAUGAUGCCGAAUUCGCCAUCCGCGCAAUCGCCGAGCAAUUCAGAUACUAUAAUUUGUAA